UCGGCCUCGGGGCGGGGCGUGGGCUGCCCCCACGCAGUUCAGUCUCCUGAAGACCUUGAACUUGGCUUGGGCCACCCUCCCCGAGAGGGUUUCUGACACAAUGGCGGGCCAAGGGUUUUCAGGUUCAUCCGAGUUGUCCGAGGUGACGCAGACAGAAACGUCCUCUAACUCCGAAGCCUUCCAGAAACCCUUUGUGCUCAGGAUUCUCGAUUUGCAGGACGCUCUGAAGCAGGAGGCUAAGCGGCGAGACCAGCAAGAUGGGGAUGAGGGGGACGACGAGGAUGACGGGGACGACGGGGACGACGAGGACGACAAGGACGACGAGGACGACGAGGACGACGAAGAGGACGACGAGGACGAUGAAGACGACGAGGAUGACGAGGACGACGAGGACGACGAGGAUGAGGAUGAGGAGGAUGAGGAGGUCGACAGGUAUAAGGAGUCCGAAGAAACCUCUGAGCCCAUGGAAUCCACCAAAUCCUCUGAGUCCGGCCAAACUUCUGGACCCCACAAACUCUAUAAGGAGCGCACAACACCCAGGGCCCAGGUACACUACGCAUCCUCUGAGACCCUUGAGUCAGGUGCACCUCACAAGCUCCUUAGGCCAUGUGAACAGCGCAAGCUCCGCAAGGCCCGUGAACCCCUCCAUCCCUGUGAACCCCUGCACCCCCAGGAGCGCAGCCAGCCCUGCAAGCCACACGAGGCCAAGGAGUUAAGGCUGUUUAACAACACUGCGGUGAUGUUCUCCCCAUCUCUGAUCACCAGAUGCCCGACACGGUAUCGGGGGUCAUCCCAGAAUGACCCUGCCGUCAGUGAAUUUAUAAAGAAAUGUAUUCUUUCUAGAAGGAGAAUCCAAGAUCUUUCUGAGCCCAAAAAACAAUGGGGAACUCCAGAUAGAAAACUAUUUUGGGGAAAUCAAGAUCCCAUUUACCCCAUUCGUGAGACUGCUUUGAAGACUCAGCCAUCCAAAAGACUCAAGGACCUUGCUCAUCCCAAGCCAGUCUCCAAGCAUUAUGUGCCUAACAGGCCCCAAUAUUACUACAGUUGUGGAAGAGAGUCUGUAAUUUGGAAGAUACCUCCAUCUGCCUUGUUUACCCAGCCCUCCAAAAGGACCCAGAAGCUGGCACAGCCCAACAGAUUCAAAAGACAGUCUCUACUAAGUCGGUCCACCCACGAUAAUGUAGUAAGAAGUUCUUUUCAAAUACCUGAUCCUUCUCCCCGGAUUUUACGACUGUCAAUUGCCAAAGGCAUAGAUCCUAACUAUGUUCCUCCAAAAGACGUUAAAACUAAGAUUUCAGUUUCUACCCUGGGUGCUAUUGCAACUCCAAGAAUUAUAGACCUUGCCCACCCAAAGAUCAAGUUAGAUGGUCUGUGCUAUGAGAGACAAAGAAGCGAAAUGCCCAUCCGACCUGUAUCCCCGGCAGCCAUGUUCGCCAUACCUAGCUCCCGAACGAUAGAUCUAGCUAAGUUCAAGCCUGUCCAUCAAGAUUACCUACCUGCCCGUGAUGCCCAGUGGCCAGUCUCUCAUGCUGCUACCCAUUCUCAGAUAUCUGCUAGAAUUCAGGAACUAGCUAAUCCAAGUUCAAGGGCUCCUAUGCAUAUUCUCUUCUACGAUCCUAAUGCCUUUAAAGUCAAGCCGGCUGCUUUGAAAGCACAAUGUUCUUCAAGGAUCCAGGAGUUGGCAGAACCUGUUGUUCGCUAAACAUAGAGAGUCACCGCUGUAGACACUAGUUACGUAUCUGUCACAUGUAUUAGAGGACUUGGUUCUCUACUCUGGUACUGUCCACUUACGACUUGUCCAACAACUGCCCCCCAAAUACGAGACCUCCAGGAAACAGCACUGUAAGCAUGAAAUAGCAAUUGCUGCUAAUGCCUAUAAUCUCUUCUUUAGAAGGUUUUUGGGACUUCAGUACGUAAUAAAAAGAGACUGAGAGCCUG